AUUUCUUCACGCAAAGCAAGGUGAGACUGAGGAGCAUCCAUUAUUUACCCAGACUCCAUCGUCUCUGGUUUGUCAAUGCCUUUCCUUCUCCGAUAAUCUCGCCCCCUUCAUCUCUCAUCCGAUAAUAGGUAGUAGGUAGUAGGUAGCCUUCAUCUUUCUGAAAAAUGGGAACAGAGACUCCCCCCAGAUCUUCCGUUGAAAUCUCGGAACCCUUUCUUGACGAAUCAUCUUAUUCUCACAUCCAAUCAGAUUUAGAAACCAUACCCGAAUGGAAAGAUCAGAUCACCUUCAGGGGCUUAGUUGUCAGUGCUUUGUUGGGGACCCUUUUUUGUAUCAUCACCCACAAGCUCAAUCUCACCGUUGGGAUUAUCCCUUCCUUAAACGUUGCAGCUGGUUUGCUUGGAUUCUUCUGUGUCAAAUCAUGGACUACUUUCCUCCAAAAGUUUGGCUUUUCUGUUCAGCCUUUCACCCGGCAAGAGAACACUGUGAUUCAGACCUGCGUUGUUGCUUGCUAUGGCCUUGCUUUCAGCGGUGGAUUCGGGUCUUAUUUGCUUUCGAUGGAUGAAAGAACAUAUAAUUUGAUUGGUGCUGAUUACCCUGGUAAUCGGGCUGAAGAUGUUAAGAACCCAGGGUUAUUGUGGAUGAUGGGUUUCAUUUUUGUUGUCAGUUUUCUUGGACUUUUCAGUCUUGUUCCACUUCGCAAGGUCAUGGUCAUGGAUUAUAAACUUACAUACCCUAGUGGAACUGCCACGGCGAUGUUGAUAAAUAGUUUUCACACUACUACAGGUGCCGAGCUUGCAAGGAAACAAGUAAGCUCUCUUGGAAAGUAUUUGAGCAUAAGUUUUGUCUGGAGUUUGUUCAAAUGGUUCUUCAGCGGUGUUGGGGAUUCAUGUGGUUUUGAUAAUUUUCCUAGUUUGGGCUUGAUGCUGUUCAAAAACACAUUUUACUUCGACUUCAGUCCUACUUAUGUUGGAUGUGGUCUUAUUUGCCCUCACAUAGUCAACUGCUCGGUUCUUUUUGGAGCUAUUAUAUCAUGGGGAGUUCUUUGGCCCUUCAUUAAUACACGAGCAGGGGAUUGGUAUCCAGCUGAUCUUGGCAGCAAUGACUUCAAAGGUCUUUAUGGGUACAAGGUAUUUAUAGCGAUUGCCCUUAUUCUUGGAGAUGGUCUUUACAAUCUGAUAAAGAUAAUAGCCAUCUCCGUUAAGGCAGUGUGGAACAACAGCACCAAACAGCAAGAUCUCCCUGUAAUGAAAGAGAUCGUAGAUUCUGAGACAUCCAAAUUGACAUCGAAAUCACAAGUUGAGGACCAGAAAAGAGAUGCUGUUUUCUUAAAAGACAGUAUACCGACGUGGUUUGCAGCGUCUGGGUAUGUGGUCCUGGUUGGCAUAUCCAUGGCUACGAUGCCACUUAUUUUUCCACCGCUGAAAUGGUACCUGGUUCUGUGCUCUUACAUUAUUGCCCCUGCCCUUGCUUUCUGCAACUCGUACGGAACUGGUCUGACCGACUGGAGCCUGGCGUCAACAUAUGGAAAAAUCGGUCUCUUCAUCAUUGCAUCGUUGGUUGGAAGCAAUGGAGGUGUCUUGGCUGGGUUGGCAGCAUGUGGGGUGAUGAUGUCUAUCGUCUCAACCGCUGCUGAUUUGAUGCAAGAUUUCAAGACGGGUUACUUGACGUUAUCGUCAGCGAAGUCCAUGUUUGUGAGCCAACUAGUGGGAACGGCCAUGGGAUGCGUCAUCGCACCACUUACAUUUUGGAUGUUUUGGUGUGCGUUUGAGAUUGGGACACCGGAUAGUCCUUAUAAAGCUCCGUAUGCGGUGAUAUAUCGGGAAAUGGCGAUUCUUGGAGUGGAGGGGUUCUCGGAGCUCCCAAAGCAUUGCCUGGCUUUGUGCUGUGUGUUCUUUUUGGUGGCCUUGGGUUUAAACCUGCUAAGGGAUUGGUGUCCUGGGAAGGUGGCUGGGUUCAUUCCGAUCCCGAUGGCAAUGGCAGUGCCGUUCUAUAUUGGAGCUUAUUUUGCGAUCGAUAUGUUUGUUGGGACGGUGAUCCUGUUUGUGUGGGAGCGAGUGAAUAAGAAGGAUGCAGAAGAUUAUGCAGGAGCAGUGGCUUCGGGUUUAAUAUGUGGAGAUGGGAUAUGGACGAUCCCGUCAGCGAUACUAUCGAUUCUGAGGGUGGAUCCGCCAAUCUGCAUGUAUUUCGGGCCUUCAACGAGUUCUUGAGAAGGCAAAAUAUAUAUCUGUAAAUAUGAUUUCAGUUUCAUAAUUCCAGCAAAUUGAGACUUGUUUUCAUCCUUGAAUGGUUAUGUUUGUUUCUUGUAGUUUGAUUUUGUGUUGGAAAGAAAUGUUUGUCACAACU